UAUCAAUGGUGUCCCGCUUUACCAAUGUUAAAAUCUGGUCACCUUAUGCUUGGGGGAGGUAAACCUGGGAAUGGGGUGCUGGUAGUGAACACAAGUCUUGGGGCUGUGAAAGGAGAGACCUAUUUUCCACACCCCCCAUAUGCUCCUUAGGGACUAGGACUUUUACUACCACCUCUUAACUAUGCCUCAGCCACCAGCCCAGGAAGGUGGCAGCGAUGAGAAAUGGAAGCCAAGCUGGGCGGUUAAAUGAGGUGUCAAGGUCACAGGCUGGACCUGGCUUUCCCCAGCACCCGUGGGUGUGGCAGGGAGCCUGUGCGCCUGUCCUUCAGAGAAGGAGGCGGUCGACAAAAGUUCACGCACAGUCAUGCAGGGUUCCUGAAAAGGCAGCCGGCAGCACCUGUGAGCUGAACAUGCCUCCUGACCCUAGCCUUUCAGGCACCCACAGAGGCGAGUGGGGCAGGCGCAACGGGCAGCAGGACCAAGACUCCGCCCCGCAGGCCUGGGAUGGGGGAUGGUGUGAAGGAGGCUGCUGCACCCCUGCGGGAGGAGGCCGAGCCAGCCCUGCACGCCCCCACCUCCAAAAAGAGUGGCCGCCACGAAGUGCUCAGCUCCCUGCUAUCCGGGGCCCUGGCCGGAGCGCUCGCCAAGACGGCAGUAGCCCCACUAGACCGAACCAAAAUCAUCUUCCAGGUGUCUUCAAAGAAAUUCUCUGCCAAGGAGGCCUUCCGGCUGCUGUACUUCACCUACCUCAAUGAGGGCUUCCUCAGCCUGUGGCGUGGGAACUCAGCCACCAUGGUGCGCGUGGUGCCCUACGCCGCCAUCCAGUUCAGCGCCCACGAGGAGUACAAGCGGGUGCUGGGGCGCUGCUAUGGCUUCCACCACAGGGCCCUGCCUCCCUGGCCCCGGUUCCUCGCGGGGGCACUGGCUGGGACAACGGCCACUUCGCUGACCUAUCCACUGGACCUGGUCCGAGCUCGGAUGGCCGUGACUCCAAAGGAGAUGUACAGCAACAUCUUUCACGUCUUCAUCCGCAUCUCCCGAGAGGAGGGACUCAAGACCCUCUACCACGGCUUCACGCCCACCCUGCUGGGCGUCAUCCCGUACGCGGGCCUCAGCUUCUUCACCUACGAGACGCUCAAGAGCCUGCACAGAGAGUACAGUGGCCACCGGCAGCCCUACCCCAUGGAGCGCAUGAUCUUUGGGGCCUGCGCCGGCAUCAUCGGGCAGUCAGCCUCCUACCCGCUGGACGUGGUGCGGCGGCGCAUGCAGACAGCCGGCGUCAUGGGCUACCCACGCGCCUCCAUCAUGCGCACGAUGUGGACCAUCGUGCACGAGGAGGGCGCCGUCCGCGGCCUCUACAAGGGCCUGAGCAUGAACUGGCUCAAGGGCCCCAUCGCCGUGGGCAUCAGCUUCACCACCUUUGACCUCAUGCAGAUUCUGCUGGAGCACCUGCAGCAUUAGGGCUCCUCGCGCACAUGCCCCAGCCCUGGUUUCCAAGCCCCAGAGAGCCAGGAGCCCCAGUCCCCUCCACCCCAUUGGCCCAGAGUGCAGUGGGGGGAGGGGCUCCGUGGGGCCCUUGCAGGGGCUGUGCAUUUACAGGGCCUGUGACCCCUCUAAGCACAUAAGCUCAGAGCCAGACCCUGCCACCCCUGUUGGCUCUGAGCCAGGGGGCAUUGUGGAGAUGAGUGCAGGGGGAGGGGCCUGGCCUCCAGCGGUGGCACUGCCCUCCCCAGUCUGGAGCCCAGCUUUCGCUGCCAUAUCAACAGCCCGGAGCCCUGCUCUAUAUUUACUAUGUAGUGGCGACUCUUUGGCCCCGUGUGUGUCCCUCUUGGCUAGACCCCAGUUUCCACAGCGAGGGUAGCUGGAGAAGGUGGGGGUAUCCCAGGUACCCUGGGCUGCCCACCCACCCUGGCUCUGAGCUCCACUCGCCAUUGGCCAGAAGCUCAACGCAGACCCAGCCCUCUGUGUGUAGGCAUCAUGGCCCUGGGCGUCUGUGGCUGGUCGCGCCCCAGGAAGGCUUGUCCCCAGGGGGGUCGAGCCUGGCGCAGUCUGGGUCAUCUCAGGCAACAACUCUUUCCUAAUGGCCUUUGCGCUUUUGACCUGGUCUUUCCCACAUGGUGACCCAGGAGGUGCCUCCGCCUCACCUGGGGUGGUGUGCCCGCAAGCAGAGGGCUGAUUCUAUGUCUGGAAUCAGCCAGGCAUUACCACACAUGACUUGUACACACCCUGCCCUUGGCACGGCUCUCUGACCUGCAGGUGUGACAGCCCCUCUUCCUCUCCAUUAUCUGCCUGCCUUACCCUGGGGUCCCCAGCAGCCCAGACAGUCUGGGGUAACAAGGGGGGGCAGCCCUUUACCACCCCCUAACCCUCGCUCACCCAGUGCUUAAGAGGCAGGGGCCUGGGGACCCCAGGCCGGGUGGACGGGUAGGGGGUGCCCAGGGGGUGCCCGGCAAGACAGGAGGGCAGGUGAGGCUUCUGGCCAUGCGGUCCCAUGGAGAGUCCUGGCAGUGCCACCCUUGGGCCCCGCUGCUGCUCCCGCCCCUUCUCCGGGGUAACACUUCUGUUGCCAUGAAGACACUUUGUUUAUAUAGAAUGUCUAUAUUUUAAAGAUUUGUGUCAAGAGAGUAUAUUUAAUAAAAAUUAAAAUCACUUUUUCUA